CAUACACGUGAAGAAGGUACAAACGAAUAGAUUCAGUACCGACUCUCUUGCAUUACGUCAGUCAAACAAAGAGUUUGCUGAUGAAUUAUCGUCUUCUCCCAACUAUUCCAUUUCAAUUUGAUCACCAAAACCAAAAUAAACGGAAAAACUCCGCAACACACUUUGAGAAUUGCAUAACGUAAAAGGGCGUGAGAUAGUUUCGUUCUGAUUUCGAAUUCGAAAAAACAAAAUGGGGUCUUUGAAGAACAAGGAGGACGAGCUGGAACAGGUCGGAGAGGAGGCGAUACUGUACGUGAAUGGAGUUCGUAGAAUUUUGCCUGAUGGGUUGGCCCACAUGACUCUUCUUGAGUAUCUCAGAGAUAUUGGUCUGACGGGGACAAAGCUUGGCUGCGGGGAAGGUGGUUGUGGAGCCUGUACUGUUAUGGUUUCUCAUUAUGAUAAAAUUUUGAGGAGAUGCGUGCACUAUGCUGUAAAUGCAUGCUUGGCUCCUCUUUAUUCUGUAGAAGGGAUGCAUGUAAUUACAGUGGAGGGACUAGGGACCCACAAACAUGGCUUGCACCCAAUUCAAGAAUCAUUGGCACAAUCUCAUGGCUCACAAUGUGGAUUUUGUACUCCUGGUUUUAUCAUGUCCAUGUAUGCGUUACUAAGGUCAUGUCAAACACCACCUAGUGAGGAGCAGAUUGAAGAAUGCCUGGCUGGAAAUUUGUGUCGAUGCACAGGAUACAGACCAAUUGCUGAUGCAUUUCGAGUCUUUGCCAAAACAAAUGAUGUUCUAUACUCUGAUAUUUCUUCACUAAACCUUCAAGGAGGUGAUUCUGUUUGUCCUUCUACUGGUAAGCCAUGUUCAUGUGGAUCAAAAUCUCCAAGUGGUACAGAUUCCACCAAACCAAGUAUGCCUUGUAAUGAUAGGUAUGAACCUGUCUCUUACAGUGAGACAGAUGGAAGCAGAUAUACAGAAAAAGAGCUUAUCUUCCCCCCUGAACUAUUAUUGAGGAAAUUAACUUAUUUGAAUUUGAGUGGUUUUGGUGGGCUUAAGUGGUAUCGACCCUUAAGACUUCAACAUGUGCUAGAGUUAAAAGCAAAAUAUCGAGAUGCGAAGUUAUUGGUAGGUAAUACUGAAGUAGGAAUUGAAAUGAGGUUGAAGAGAAUGCAAUAUCAGGUUUUGAUCUCUAUUAUGCAUGUGCCUGAACUUAAUAUAUUGAGUGUUAAGGAUGAUGGCUUAGAGAUAGGCUCUGCAGUAAGGCUCUCUGAACUCUUGAAUGUUUUCAGAAAGGUUGUAAAAGAGCGUGAUGCUCAUGAAACCUCUUCCAGUAAUGCCUUCAUUGAACAGUUGAAAUGGUUUGCUGGAACACAGAUAAAAAAUGUUGCAUCUGUUGGUGGGAAUAUAUGUACAGCCAGUCCAAUAUCUGAUUUGAACCCCCUUUGGAUGGCUGCUGGUGCAAAGUUUCGAAUCAUUGAUUGCAAAGGAAACAUUAGAACAGUCCUGGCUGAAAAUUUCUUCCUGGGUUAUCGUAAGGUGGAUAUGGCAAGUGAUGAAAUCUUACUUUCUGUAUUCUUACCAUGGACUAGGCCCUUUGAGUACGUGAAAGAAUUUAAACAGGCUCACCGUCGAGAUGAUGAUAUUGCAAUUGUAAAUGCCGGGAUGCGUGUUUAUCUUGUGGAAAAAUGUGAAAACUGGGUUGUUUCAGAUGCUAGCAUUGAUUAUGGUGGUGUUGCUCCACUCUCCCUUUCUGCAGUGAAAACAAAAGAGUUUCUCAUUGGGAAGUAUUGGAACCAGGAGCUGUUGAAGGGUGCUUUGAAAAUCCUGCAAAAGGAUAUCUUUCUAAAGGAAGAUGCUCCUGGUGGGAUGGUGGAAUUUCGAAAAUCUUUAACACUUAGUUUCUUCUUCAAAUUUUUUCUAUGGGUUUCUCAUCAAAUAAAUGGGAAGAAAUCCAUUGACAAUGUACAAUUAUCUCAUUUAUCUGCUAUACAAUCAUUCCACCGCCCACCUGUUAUAGGAAGUCAGGACUAUGAAGUUAGAAAACAUGGGACUGCUGUGGGUUCUCCUGAGGUUCAUCUUUCAUCAAGACUUCAGGUUACAGGAGAGGCAGAAUACACUGAUGAUACACCGUUACCGCCUAAUGGUUUGCAUGCUGCAUUGGUAUUGAGCCGAAAACCUCAUGCCCGUAUUCUUUCAAUAGACAACUCAGGAGCCAUGGCUUCACCUGGCUUUGCAGGCAUAUUUCUAGCUAAAGACGUGCCUGGUGAUAAUGAUAUUGGACCAGUUAUCUAUGAUGAGGAACUAUUUGCUACAGAAUUUGUCACUUGUGUGGGUCAUGUUAUAGGAGUUGUUGUUGCUGAUACACAUGAAAACGCAAAACUAGCGGCAAGGAAAGUUCAUAUUGAGUACGAAGAGCUCCCAGCCAUCUUAUCAAUAGAGGAUGCCAUCAAUGCCAAAAGUUUCCAUCCUAACACUGAUAAAUGUUUGAGAAAAGGGAAUGUGGAUCUUUGUUUUAAAUCCUCUGAGUGUCACAGGAUCGUGGAGGGGGAGGUGCAAGUGGGAGGUCAGGAACAUUUUUACUUAGAGCCACAUAGCAGCUUCGUAUGGACAACGGAUGGUGGCAACGAAGUUCAUAUGAUCUCAUCCACCCAAGCCCCUCAGAAGCACCAGAAAUACGUUUCUCAUGUUCUUGGUCUUCCAAUGUCAAAAGUGGUUUGUAAAACCAAGCGAAUUGGUGGUGGAUUUGGUGGGAAGGAGACAAGAUCAGCUUUUGUUGCUGCUGCGGCUUCUGUACCGUCAUAUCUGUUGAAUCGACCAGUGAAAUUGACAUUAGACAGGGAUAUAGACAUGAUGAUAACUGGGCAGCGUCAUAGCUUUCUUGGGAAGUAUAAGGUCGGGUUCACCAAUGAGGGGAAAGUGCUUGCUCUGGAUCUUGAAAUCUACAAUAAUGCUGGAAAUUCACUGGACCUUUCUCUUGCUGUCCUUGAGCGUGCUAUGUUUCACUCAGAUAACGUCUAUGAGAUACCUAAUGUGAGGAUUAUUGGAAGGGUUUGCUUCACCAAUAUCCCCAGUAACACUGCCUUUCGAGGAUUUGGUGGUCCUCAAGGCAUGCUUAUUACUGAAAAUUGGAUUCAAAGAAUUGCAGUAGAACUCAAGAAAAGCCCGGAAGAGAUAAGGGAAAUUAAUUUUCAAGGUGAAGGUUCAAUAUUGCACUAUGGCCAACAACUUGAACACUGUACCUUGGCCCAGGUCUGGAAUGAGCUGAAGUUAUCUUGUGACUUUUUGAAUGUCCGUAACGAAGUUAACCAGUUCAAUAUUAACAACCGGUGGAGGAAGCGUGGAAUCGCUAUGGUACCGACCAAAUUUGGCAUAUCCUUUACGGCUAAGUUUAUGAACCAGGCUGGUGCUCUUGUUCAUGUUUAUACUGAUGGAACUGUUUUAGUUACACAUGGAGGUGUUGAAAUGGGGCAAGGUUUACAUACGAAAGUUGCUCAGAUUGCUGCUUCUGCCUUCAAUAUCCCUCUCAGUUCUGUCUUUAUAUCAGAGACAAGUACUGACAAGGUUCCUAAUUCAUCACCAACAGCUGCUUCUGCAAGUUCUGAUAUGUAUGGAUAUGCGGUUUUGGAUGCAUGUGAGCAAAUAAAGGCACGUAUGGAGCCCAUUUCUUCACAAAAUAAUUUCAGCUCAUUUGCUAAGCUGGCAACUGCAUGCUAUAUGGAGCGAAUAGAUCUUUCAGCACAUGGAUUCUAUAUUACACCUGAAAUUGGCUUUGAUUGGACGACUGGUCAAGGAAACGCAUUCAAGUAUUACACCUAUGGUGCCGCAUUUGCGGAGGUUGAAAUUGACACAUUGACUGGAGAUUUUCACACAAGGGAAGCAAACAUUCUCUUGGAUCUUGGAUAUUCUCUCAAUCCAGCAAUUGAUGUUGGACAGAUUGAAGGAGCCUUUAUACAAGGUGUAGGUUGGGUAGCCCUAGAAGAACUGAAGUGGGGAGAUGCAGCUCACAAGUGGAUCCCACCUGGCUGCCUUUACACAUGCGGGCCUGGAAGUUACAAAAUUCCUUCUAUGAAUGAUGUCCCUUUCAAAUUCAAGGUUGCACUUCUUAAGGGUCAUCCAAAUGUGAAGGCUAUUCAUUCAUCAAAAGCAGUUGGUGAGCCUCCUUUUUUUCUGGCCUCUGCUGUCUUUUUUGCCAUCAAAGAUGCCAUUAUAGCUGCCAGAGCAGAAGUGGGUUGUAAUGACUGGUUUGCUCUGGAUAAUCCAGCAACACCUGAACGCAUCCGAAUGGCCUGUUUGGACGAGUUCAUCACGCCAUUAAUUAGCUCUGAUUUCCGCCCGAAGCUCAGUGUUUGAUCCACCGGUCUUGUUUCAUUUGCUUUCAUCAUGUACGGUUUCUAUAGUUUUAGGCUAUUAGCCAUACCUCUGUUAUGCACGGCAAAGGCAGGGAGGGCACCCUUCUUGCAACCAGUUCUUUCAUGUUACUCUCAUGUUAGUAUGGUGCAAAAAAUGUAAUUACAAGCAGUUAUUCUUGAACGAGUCAAUAAAAACAGGCUUUUUUUUUUUUUUUUUUAAUUUUUUUUUUAAUCUGUAUUAUAGAAAAACAAGUUAAUGCUACAAUGUCCUGCCUGAGAAUGUGUAAUUUAGAGACUAAUAUAAAUAAUUCCUUGACCUCAUGGGGAUGUCAUGAGGUGAGCCAUAAUUUAUCUUCUGGGGUCCAAACUAAUAAAAUAAUAUUGGAUUUUUUGUCGUCAGUAAA